GUUCAUGAGUUUCUAAGCAUCAGUCAUAAACGAUAGGUCGAUUUUCAUCCUGGAUACUUGUUUAAUAUCACUCAACGGUAACAACUUACAAACACUAAAUGUAAAUUAUAUUCAACACGUUUGAUUUUAACAACAUUGUAAAACUUAUUUUUAUAUAAAUUAACAAAUUAGAUUUUUUAUAAAAUCAAAAUUCGAAAAAUGUUUGAGAAAGUGUGAUACAAUAACAGUUAUUGAAAAAAAAAUUAUUGUGACAGUACAUUAUCUUUAAAUAAACGCACAAUUAAUCGUCCAUCGUCAUGACUAGUCAAUCAUGAUGGUGGUCAUAAAUUAUUGUGUGAAAUAAUAUUUUCAUAAAACUUUGAGAAGAUAAAAUGUUUUGAAAGUUUGCAAUCACACAGAAAAAAUGAAUGCAAUAGUGUUUCUAGUCGUGUUAUUACUCAUUCCAUAUUGUAUUGGUACUUUCGAUAGUGAUCAUGAAAAUCAUCAUUCAUAUAAAGAUAAAAACGUCAACAAAUUGUCAAGUGCCGAAUCGCCAUUAAAAAAUAUUACAAAAAUAUCUCUGACUCGAACGAGUAUUUUCAAGCUCAAUGGUGAAAAUGAAGAUGAAUCUGAGCCAUCUGUGGACACUGAAUCAGAUAGACAUAGAUUCAAAGAUAUAGAAAUAUUAGAACGAUCACGAAGACACAGAAAAAACAUGAAUCGUGCAUUGAUGGCACUUUUAAUGGCAUAUAAGCUAAAAUUUGCAGCAUUAAUUCCAACGUUGAUUGGAGGCCUUAUUUUAUUACUGUCAACUACAUCUUUUGCUGGUUUCUUCUUUGCACUAUUUGCUGCAAUUCUAGGGCUACGAGGUCAAUAAUUCAUUUUUAUUUCCUUUUAAACAGAAUAAUGAAUGAAAAUGAAUAUUCUUUAUUAAAUAAUAUA